AUGGCAUCUCGCAAUUUCCAGUUCGAUGAUGACUCACCAGUUUUAAACGAGUCUACCAGCAGAAUUUUCACAAACUUGAUCACAAAAGGCUAUCGGUUCUUGGAACUACAUCCUAAAAGAUUGUUGGAACCUGAAGAGGAGUGUCAAUCUCUAAAGGAACUUGGCUACUGCCCAUCAGCUGCAUUGUUUCUUGUAUCAAGCAGACCCAACCAAGCUAUCAGUCUUCCAGCUGGUUUGUUAACCUAUUUUGAUAUCAUAGUUUCAGUGUGUAGCAGUUCCUGUAAAUGGAUUUUGUUUUAUUCUUUGGAUGCAUCUUUUUAA